CCGAGUGUUACAUUACACAUGCUGUCAGGCCGACAGUUCACUACUACUAGUGCACUGGCAAAAGGGCAUUGUUGUGCCAAUGAAAGACCGUGCGUUUAAAAAAUUAAAUUUAUUUCCCAAAACUGUUAACUGCUGCAGACAGAUUUUCUGGCAAUCUUUCAAUGCCAAUUUUUGGUUUUGGAGGAUCUGGUGAGUUGGGUAACGUGAGUCAUGAGAUCGAGAGCAGUCCUCUGAACUGGAACACUAUAAAACUGUCAUGGAUGCUUUGCAUGCAGUAGGAAAAAAAGCUGGAGCACACCUGCUAUUACGAUCGCUGGGAGCCUCAACGCUUUGUAGGAGUAAGGCUGGUGCCGCGCCUCUCUUGCUAUCACAGCAGAGACGUCAUUAUGCCGAUCCUGGAAAGUAUAUCCAGGUUGAAAGAGACAUUGUCUGUGAAGAUAUUGCCAUCGUGAAGAUGAACAAGAAACCAGUGAACAGCAUGUGUGGAGACUUCAUGAGAGAGUUGAGCGUCACACUGGAGAAACUGCGAAAUAACGAGACCUACCGAGGUGCCAUUCUUACAUCUGCUAAGCCUGGUAUUUUCUCGGCAGGCCUUGACAUCAAUGAGAUGUACCAGAGGUCAACUGACCACAUCAGCGUGUUCUGGAGAACGAUUCACGAAUUCUGGCUCGGGCUGUAUGGAACGGAUCUGGCAAUGGUUGCCGCCAUUAAUGGCCAUGCCCCUGCCGGUGGGUGUCUGAUGGCACUGAGCUGUGAUUACAGGAUCAUGUCACAGGGUGACUACAUAAUAGGACUCAAUGAAACGCAAUUGGGCAUCUUACCACCGUUCUGGUUACAAGAGUUGAUGGCCCGAGCCUGUGGAGAUAGAGAGGCAGAGAUGGGAUUGCAACUGGGCACACUGUACACCCCAGAGGAAGCAUUGAAGAUUGGCCUAGUGGAUGAGGUUGCACCGUUGGACAGCGUUGUCGACAGGGCUCGGGAGCAAGUUAUCAAAUGGCUGAAAAUACCAGAUUAUGCAAGGGUCGUCACCAAGGGUAUGCAGAGGGGACCGCUCCUGAAGAAACUCCAGGCAUCACAGGAAGAAGAAGUCGCAUUCAAUGCCGAGUUCAUCCACAGGGAGUCCACCCAAGACGUCAUUGAGAAGUAUCUGAUGAGCCUGAAGAAAAAGAAGAAGAAAGUUGACGGGCAGUAGCAGUGACGGCAUGGACCUGUUGAUGAACGCUUGCUGGGUUGUUGCUGUUGUUAAAUCGCUGAUGACUUUUCAACUCUCAGAUGGCACAAGGACGAUAUUGAUAUGAAGUUAACUGUUAUCUUCACUACUACCUUGAAGGGUAAGCGCCGUGUGUGGCCCAGAUUGAUGGCGUCCAGCUGCUGACUUCAAGUUGGUGCCUUGGAAACCAUCCUAGAUGGAAGUGUGGUUUUCAAUGUACAAAAAUCACCCUGGGCACAAACGGAGGCCAAGGUUGAAAGGACAUGCCACCCUCUAGCCCGGUGUUUUCAACAGUUCUGUGCAAAUGCCUAGCACCUGGGCCUGCAGUGUGGAGAGAUUUUACAUUAUUGCGAGCAGAAAUAUACGUAAAUCAGUAAAAUCGUGAACGGCAAUCUCAACAUGAGAUUGCAGAGUUUAUUGAAACCUAUAUAGUUUAUAUUAAUAGUUUUUAAGGUUAUUAUAAAAAAAGAAGGCCUGGCUUGGCAAUCAUGACCAGCUCAUUACAAUGUUAAUGUACAAAAUUAAAAUCUGCAGGGACACUAUUUUUUCGGUUUUCAAGUUUAAGUUAUUAUACCAACUACAUUUUAAAGUAUUGGCUUGAGAAACAACUUUUUGUUAAGAAGGUUGUUAGUGUAAAGGGACAGGGAGUCAAGAAAUAAUAAUUACAUUGACAAAUUGAUUGAGAUAAUUUUUAUAUUUGAAAUACACAUGAAAUUAACUGUACUCUUGUCCAUUUAUCAAUUGCACUUGAGGGAAAAGGACUUUCUAUUCUUUAAUAAAUGCAAGAUUUUAAAACCCGA